AUGAGGAGGUUCCUUACAACCACAUCUAGACCCACAUCAAAAAAGGCACUUUUGGAGAGAUUAGAACAGCUGACAGAGGAUGCUCUAGAAGAAAGCCCUUCUUUACUCCAAACCCCCGAAUUUAAGCAGAUACUCGACUCUCUAUCUGACUCGGAAUUCAAGGCUAAAUACACAAAAGAGUUGGGUUAUGCCAACUCUACAAAGUCAAGGUUUAUCCCAAAACAGUCUCAAGAGAUUGCUUUAUCACAACCAUGGACAGGAACAGAGUCACAGGCUGAUGCAACGCUGAGAAUGCUGGUCGACAAGUACAAGCCAUCCAGAUUGACAAAAUCUCAAGUUAGACUGUCCUCAGCUAGAGAUGCGUCUUUGGAUUACAAGAUAUCAAAAAUUUCGGAAAAAGAAACAUCCUUUGAAGAAGACCCUCACUUUAGAGAGAGAUAUAAAGAAAGAUUGUUGGGUCCAGAUCUGUUGGUACCUUCGUCAUUUGCAACCGUCAAUAAUUCUAUUAAGUCAAUUGCCAAUACAAAAAUCGAACAGGCAAUGUCCGAAGGUAAGUUCAACAACCUUUCAAAUAGAGGAAAACCUAUGAAACUUGACUCUUCUUCCCAAUCUGCAUUCAUUGACAAGACAGAGUAUCACUUGAACAACAUCCUAAAAAACGAGAAUGCUCUUCCUCCGUGGAUAGAGAAACAGGGGAUGGUAUUUUCGGAGAUCAAAUCGUUCAGAAACGAACUAGAUAAGACCUGGAGAUUGAAACUAGCAAAUCACAUCAAGUCGUUACCAUUGUCUCUGGAGCAAAAAUUAGCAUAUCCCACCAAUGUCAAAUCAAAUCCUACGGUGUACCGAAUAUCAUCGGCUGAAAAGGAAUCUCUCUCUGUAAAAAUGAAUUCUUUGAAUAGCUCCCUGAGAAGCUACAACCUGCAAGCGCCCUUACCAUCUCAAAAAAUGUAUUUAUCUCUGGAAAAGGAGCUGCAAGAUUGUUUCAGGCGAGUAUCAGAGACUUCGCAAGAGAUCAUUCUAAGACAUUUAACGGGCUCUCCAACAGAAUCGAACCCCAAAUCCCUGUCAACAGCGAAGAAUAAGGAGCUCCCCACAUUCAAAGAUAUCCCCCAACGUUCCAAUAUUUACCAACACUCUACUGAACCUUUAGGAAAACUAUUUCUGAACUUGUUCAAAAGAAAAUACUAA